AUGGGCUCCCACAGUGGUAUGGGCUCCCACAGCCGUAUGGGCUCCCACAGUAGUAUGGGCUCCCACAGUAGUAUGGGCUCCCACAGUGGUAUGGGCUCCCACAGUAGUAUGGGCUCCCACAGCAGUAUGGGCUCCCACAGCAGUAUGGGCUCCCACAGUAGUAUGGGCUCCCACAGUAGUAUGGGCUCCCACAGUAGUAUGGGCUCCCACAGUGGUAUGGGCUCCCACAGUAGUAUGGGCUCCCACAGUAGUAUGGGCUCCCACAGUAGUAUGGGCUCCCACAGUAGUAUGGGCUCCCACAGCAGUAUGGGCUCCCACAGUAUUAUGGGCUCCCACAGUAGUAUGGGCUCCCACAGUAGUAUGGGCUCCCACAGUAGUAUGAGCUCCCACAGUAGUAUGAGCUCCCACAGUAGUAUGGGCUCCCACAGUAGUAUGGGCUCCCACAGUAGUAUGGGCUCCCAGAGUAGUAUGGGCCGUAGUAGCACGUGUGCAAUCAAUGGAAUAAGAAAUAGGUUCCCAGAUGAGAAGAACAUGCCCUACACGGGCUUCAAGUAA